AUGGCAGAACACGAAUCCCAGGCCUUCGCAGGAACGAAAGCCAAGAGGUACCGUUUCCUCGCUGGCCCCGAAGAGAGAAAAGACGGAAUCACGUGCAACGAGGCCGUCCAUUUUUACCAGCUUGCAGUGGAUGAGCUCCGCCUGGGCUUGGAGGACGCCUCCCAGGAUCUAUACCCUCUCGCGGACGUGUCUCGCCUCGGCGUCGACCAUGGCUUAGGGGCAUGGGGCGUGGCCGCCGGCGGCGGCGGCGGCGGAGGAGGUGGCGGUGCCGGGGGGGUAGGUUACCUUCCUUGGGGCGCCGCAGCUGGCGGAGGUGGAGGGUGUGGUGGCGGGCAAGGCGGACCGGCGCGAGGGGAUAUGGCUUUUGCGGACGACAUGCUGCUGAGGGCAGAAGCUGGCGAUCCCUCCGCUACGAUGAUGAUGGGGUACCUCCACAUGGUCGGCUCGGAGGAGACGGGCAUCACCCCGGACUUCGCGAAAGCGGAACAGGCGGUUAGGAACGGGGACCCGGGAUGCUACGCCUACCUCGCGUGGAUGCACCACAACGGUUACAUGGGCGGGCACCUGCCCCCUUAUCUGCAGCCGCGGCUGCCCGACGGGGGCGGGGAAGGGGACGAGCGCGCCAAAGGCGACGGGAAGCUGGCCUCCCGGAGGGAGGGCGACCUCAGGGCGAUGGCGUACGCGCUAUGGGGGAAGAAGCGGGUGGAGGGGACCAACGUUGGGAGGGGGGUCCCGGAGACGAUUACCGAGGGGGGGGGUGGUGUCGGGGGCCCCGCCGGUGGGAAGGGGGGUAGUAGGUCCGGAGGGGUAAAGGGCGGCAGCGGUUGCGGUAAGGAGGGCGACCAGGAGCUGAUGCCCGGGGAGGACGUGUGGGGCGGGGAGGCCAGCAAGGAGUCUUGGGAGUAGGAGACGAUCGGGGGAGGGGUCAGCGGCGCGAUCGCGGCGGCGGACCUGUACGUUGACGGUUUCAAGGGGGGGGGGGGGGGGGCGUACUCUUAUGUUUUGCAUGCCUUAGCGGUUAGACCAUUGACCACGCGUCCUCGAGGGGACGGAGCAUUGUUCCCACAGGACCGAUCACCGAUGGCCAAUCGUUCCUUUCUACUUUGCCAAAGGUUGCUCAAAAAUGUCUUCCCUAGUCUGUCUAUCCUAACGAUAUCCCUUGCCGCCUUUUCAACCCACCUCCUAUGCCCCAGUACAGCUACCGUGCUUUCCUCUCUAUUCCAUGUCUCAAAGAUCUCCCUGUACGUCCCAUCUAAUUUUCCCAGCUCACUCACGUACACUUCCCUCUUCUUCUUGUACAACGGACAUUCCGCGACUACAUGAACACGGUCUUCGCAUUCGAAGCCGCAAUCACAUUUGAACUCGUCGUCUUCCUCGUCUACCGUCCUAUGUCUUCGUCGACGUUCUCGAAGGCCUAUGUCCCCGGUCCUGAAUUUGACCUUAAGCUUUGUUCCUGCAUCCAUUGGUCCAUGUAGGUAGUCCUUGAACCCUAUUCCUUCCUUCAACAUUCCGUACACUUCUAGACCCUCCUUAUCCUUGGAUUCUUUCCUCAGAUUCUGUUCUUCUCUCUCGGCACAAGCAACAGAUAUCUUCUCCUUGAACCCCUGUAGACCCUCCGUUUCCAGCGUUUCAUCUUCGUCGAUGUCGAGCCCCUUCCAUACGUCCUCUACAACCUUGACCCAUUCCGUGGGUUGUCUACCCCUCUUUUUGUUUGCCCACUUCGCCUCCCAUACAAUUCUCGGCAACCUCUCCUCUCCCAUCCCGCACAUGCGAUACUGCCAGGUCAGCUUCCUCGCGUCUCUUCCCGACCGUAGGGAUUGGAUCCCCAAUUCUGCCCUCACGGCUGCAUUACUUGUGCGCCUGGAGCAUCCUAGGAUGGUUUUCGCUGCUUUCAUCUGCGCCGCCUCGAGUUCUUUCACUACCUUCUUAUUUCCUUCCCAUACUUCUCCGGCGUACUCUAGCGGCGGUACGAUUACGCUCUUCAAAACCGUCAAUUUGAUGCGUGUAUCGAGGUGCCGGUUUGCGAGUAUUGGAUGCAGCUUCCCUGCUCGUGCUUUGCCCUUAUCAGCUACCUUGGACAUGUGUGCAUUCCACGAGCAGUCUUUUGCGAUCUCUACUCCAAGGUAUGUGUACUGGUCCACUACUGCAAUCUCCUCGAUCCCCCACUUCCAUCUAUGUUCUACUGGUUCCUCCUUGUUCUCGUUGCAUACCAUGACGGCACUCUUCUGAACGUUGGCAGACAAUCUCCACUUAUCAGUAAACUUCUUCGCCGCGUCAAUUUGCAGUUGCAGUCCCUCAGGGGUGUCCGACAUACCGACAAAAUCAUCCGCAAACAGCAUUCCUGAAACCGACGUUUCCGUGUCCCCUACUUUACUCACUUCCGGACUGCCUCUACGACUUCCAACAGACCGUUGAUAGAACACCUGGAACAAUGUUGGGGACAGCGUGCAACCUUGUGGGACCCCCUGCUCAAUGUCGAAGAAUUUUGACAGUUCUCCGUCUAGCAUGACCGCGCUUUUCGUACACUCUGUCAUCUUCUUCAGCACUCUCCACAUUUUCCCCUUGAUCCCGUAUUUGGACAGUUGUUUCCACAACCCAUUUCUCCACACGGUGUCGUAUGCCUUUUUCACGUCCAGGAAGAAGCAAUACGUCGGCUUUCCCGCCAUCUUUCUACCUGGCAUGAUUCUCCCUACCGUGAACACGUGGUCUACGCACCCCCUCUUCUUGCGGAAACCUGCCUGGCCCUCACUAAUGCUAUGUUCCUUCUCCAAUACUCCCACUAUCAUAUCGUUCAGCAGCUUGCAGAACAUUGUUCCUACUGUGUUCAACAGUGUGAUCCCCCUGUAGUUUCCUGAGUCAGUCUUGUCUCCUUUCUUGAACAAGUUCACAACCACUCCUUCCCUCCAUCUACUUGGCGUAUACUCGUUUUUCCACACCCAAUUGUACAGCAGUACC